CCAAUCAGGAAGUAGCAUGCAGGGAACGUCAUAUGUCAUACAUGCCUGCCUUGCCUGCCCGUGGUAAACACUCUAGACCUAGAUGGUGAGCAGCACAUUGCAUUUCUAAGGCAUAAACAUCGCUUGGAGGAUUUGAUUGUUCACGGGCGGUACUGUGUAUUGCUGAUUCAUUUCUCUUGCGAUGACGACUUAAGAUCAAGGAACUAAAUGGACCAAAUGAAAAAGGCUCUUGGUCCAGUGCGAAAAAUGGCCAAACGUUUGUCUGGUGAUCAUCUUGGUGAGUCAGGUGUGGGGCCUGUCAUUGCCAACGCCUACUCAAAACUGAAGAAUGAGUGCAUAAAGGUACUUGGUGACUCGCCCAAACCUUUGGUUGUUGAAAAGGUGGGCGUAAAAUACUUGCCAAACCCGCACAAAUCACCAAAUGACAAGAAAGAGCACAGAGUCAUCUUGCUACCAAAUGGAUUGACUGCCCUCCUUAUAUCUGAUGUAAACCAUUUAGUAUCUCUUGAUCCUGCGGAUUGCUCUUUAGAAAAGGUUGCUGAUGAAGCUGACUCUGGAGAUGAAGAGAUGAGUGAAGACGGAGAAGAAGAGGAGGAGUCAGAGAGUGACAUGGAUGAUACUGAAGAAGAAGAAGGAGCAGGAGCGGGAAAAAGAUCUGGCGCACCAGAAGAGAAGCUUGCUGCUGUUGCCCUGACUGUUGGUGUCGGUAGCUUUAGUGACCCGCCUAACAUUCCCGGUCUUGCUCAUUUUUUGGAGCACAUGGUUUUCAUGGGUAGUGAGAAAUUUGCAGGAGAAAAUGAUUUUGAUGACUUUGUGAAGAGGCAUGGCGGGUAUGACAAUGCAUCAACUGAAUGUGAGGCAACAAAUUUCUAUUUUGAGUGCCAAGAAAAGAGACUGCUUCGCACUAUGGAUAUGUUUGCACAGUUCUUCAUAGCUCCUUUGAUGAAGAGAGAAGCCAUGACAAGAGAACGAGAAGCAAUUGAGUCAGAAUUCCAAAUGGCAGUAACAUCUGAUACCUAUAGGAAGCAGCAACUCAUAGCCCAAAUGGCAUUUCCUCAUCACCCAGCCACGACAUUUACUUGGGGCAAUUUGAAAACCCUACGUGACAAUGUUUCAGAUGAUGAGUUGUACGAUGCUGUGCACAAAUUUAGAAACCGGCAUUACUCAGCUCACAGAAUGACUGUAGCUGUCCAAGCCAGAUUGCCUCUUGAUUUGCUUGAAGAUUGGGUGUAUGCUUGCUUCUCUCCUAUUCCAACCAAUUACUUACCUUCUGAUGAUUUCACAUUAUUCCCAAACCCAGCCUUUGAUCAGGAUCGGUUCUGCAAAAUUUACACUGUAAAUCCUGUGAAAGACGUUUGCACAAUGGACCUGACUUGGUACAUGCCUGCAUUGCGUCACCACUAUAAAGUUAAACCAACUGAGUAUUUGAGUUGGUUUCUUGGACAUGAAGGUAAAGGAAGCCUUCUUUCCUUGUUAAGACAGAAAGUGUGGGCCUUGGAAAUAACCAGCGGAGUAACUGACAGUGACUUUGAUCAUAAUUCACUGUAUUGCCUUUUCACUAUAACGCUGUCUCUAACUGAAGCAGGCUUAAGGAAUAUACCUCAUGUCAUUGAGGCAGUUUUUGGGUAUAUAAAGAUGCUUAAGGAGAAAGGACCUCAGGAGUGGUUGUACCGGGAAAUGCAAUCUAUGGAAGAUGCCCGUUUCAGAUUUGAGGAGGAAGCUUCGGCAGGAGAUUAUGUAGAAUGGCUGAGUGGAACCAUGCAAUUGUAUCCACCUCAAGAUUAUAUUACUGGAGAAGACUUAUUCCUUGACUACAAUCCUGAAAUAAUCACUGAGUGCAUGAACUAUUUCACAUUAGACAAUAUGAAUGUUAUGAUCUGUACCAAGAAACCACUCGAUGGUGUUGAAUUUGACCAGACUGAACCAUGGUUUGGUUCGCAGUAUAAUAUGAGGAAGAUCCCAAGUGAAUGGCUUGAGUUGUGGAGGAAUGUUGUGUCAGACCCAAGUUUCUCUCUCCCUGAGCCAAAUCAAUUUAUUACAACAGAUUUCAGUCUACUACCCAUCAGUGAAAGUGCUCUGGAACAGAAAGCACCAGAAAAAAUUUUGGAUAAUGAAUAUUUGGAGCUCUAUUAUAGACAAGACACAAAGUUCAGACUACCAACUUCUUACCUGUACAUUGAGUUGGUGUCGCCAUUAAAUACUCAAAGCCCCUACCAUACUGUAUUGAUGGAUAUGUUCUUGAUAACUGUCAAACAGCAGAUGGGUGAAAGUUUAUAUCCAGCUCGUUUGGCUCAGCUAUCUUAUACAACUAUUCCAAAUGACCGUGGACUGAGUAUCAGGUGCUGGGGUUUUAAUCAAAAAAUUCCAAUGCUCCUUAAUGCUAUUAUAAGUGCCUUUUGCAAGUUCAAGGAGAAUUUAAAUCCUGUGAUGUUCUCUGCUGUCAAAGAGGAAGUCAGGAAAAGUUAUUACAACUCUCUUCUCAGACCUGAGAAACUAGGAAAAGAUGUUCGAAUGUCCUUGCUUCUCCAAACAUUUUGGACCCAAUGUGAUAGGUACAAUACCGUGAAUGAUGUAACAAUGGAAGAUGUAGCUGCCUUUGCUGAUAAGUUUUUAAGCCAGUUAUAUGUCCAAUGUCUAGUCCAGGGUAAUAUAUCAAAGGAGGAUGCCCUCCAAGUUUGUUCAAAUAUUGUGAAUGCUUUGAAAUGUGAACCACUUCCACCAGAACUCUUCCCUCAAACAAGAGUCAUGGAGAUUCCCCAUGGAGAAAUGUGCUGCAGAGUAAAGUCAUUCAACAAGACUGAUACUAAUUGUGUCACAACAAACUACUACCAGUCAGGCAAAGCUACAAUUCGGGAUGUCUGCAUCGCUGAGAUGGUGGUGAUGUUACUGGAAGAGCCCCUUUUCAACAUCUUGCGUACAAAGGAGCAACUAGGCUAUGAUGUCUCAGCCCUUACUCGAGACACAUUUGGAAUCCUUGGAUUUUCUAUUACAGUAGUAUCCCAAUUUGAUAGAUUUUCUGUUGACCAUGUUGACUCAAGAAUAGAAGCUUUCUUGCAAACUUUUAUGAAGGAACUCAAAAAGUUGAAAUCUCCUGACUUUGAUGAAGUUCUACAGUCUCUCAUCAAACUAAAGCAAUGUACUGAUCUCCAUCUUAAAGAAGAAGUUGAUAGAAAUUGGGAAGAAAUGUUGAAUCAGGAGUAUAUAUUUGAUCGAAAGAGAAGGGAAGUAGAGUUCUUGAAAGAUUUGAAGCCUGCUGUUGUAAGUAAAUGGUUUAAUUCUCAUGUAGCAUGUGGAAACAAGUCAAACUUCCGAAAACUUUCUGUCCAAGUUGAAGGUUUUAGCAAAUCCACCAAGGAUGAUACUGAUUUUGAUGAAAAUAAUAUGUCAAAUGACCUUGAAGUUCAAAUUGAAGAAGAAGCUGAAUGUUUAAGUGGGAUGAGGCAAGUGCCAGACAAAUUUGAAUUACAAUUCAUCAACUCGAGCAGCAUGCAUUCUAAGGAAUACUUCAUCACUGACAUUAAUGCUUACAAAAAAAAUCUCUGUGUCUACCCACCUCAUAAAGUUGUCGCUUAAAGAGAUAAAGAACUGCCACCAUUCAUCCAACUGUAUUUUGCCUUGGUCAUAGCAACUUUUUCUGGAAAUUACUUUGAAGUGACUGUUUUAUUUUGGUGUGAUUAAUUCAUUGGUUUUGAGCACUUUGCAGACUUUGAUUCAGUUUUUCACUAUCUUUAAAUAUUGUUUAAAAUUUACUGUUGAUGUUAGAAGUUUUCCCCAUAUGAUUUGAAGCGUCUUUUUGGAUCAAUUUAAAUCAAGUGUAAGUCAAUAUUGCAGCACUUUGUGAUUUCACUUUGUACUUUCUUGCCUUUUUGGAGGUCUUCUGACAUGAAGCCCUCAUGUUUUGGAGACAGCAUUUUGAAAUUGUUAAAAAUUGUAUCUCUUUGCAUUUGUUGUUAUAUUUUAUACUAUUCAAUCAAACUUUGCCAUGUACAUUUGUAUGGAAUUUCUGCAAGUUAAAGCUUGUCUAUUGUAUUUGAAUAUUUCUUAUUUUAUAAUAAUUUAUUGCAUUGGAAGAUUAAAAGAAACUGUCCAUA